AAUUGCGAAUUUUGGGAGCAAAUGCACGCACAGGUUCUUCUCCAGUGCCGAUGGCGACGUUGAAAAGCAGCAGCAGCAACUGAGAGAGAGGAGCAGCAGCUGGUAUGAUGGCAGCCAUGGAAGGGGCAACCCCGAACCAGUCUCAGCUGCAACCUCAACCCCAGCAGCCGCCGAUGGCCGCCGCAGAGAGGCUCAACGCUGCCGUGCAGCAGCAGCUGCACCUCGAUUCUGUCAAGAUUAGGGCCAUGAGCCUCUUCAAAUCCAUCUCCCGCAUCCUCGAAGACUUCGACGCUUAUGCCCGCACCAAUGCCACUCCUAAAUGGCAAGAUAUUUUGGGGCAGUACUCUAUGGUUAAUCUUGAGCUUUUCAACAUCGUGGAGGAGAUUAGGAAGGUUUCCAAGGCUUUUGUUGUACACCCAAAGAAUGUCAAUGCAGAGAAUUCCACAAUUCUUCCUGUAAUGUUGUCCUCAAAGCUAUUACCUGAGAUGGAGACAGAUGAUAACUCAAAGAGAGAGCAGUUGCUGCAGGGCAUGCAAAACCUGCCUGUUGCCUCACAGAUUGAGAAAUUGAAGGCUAGAAUUGACAUGAUUGCUGCUGCAUGUGAAAGUGCCGAAAAAGUUCUGACAGAUACACGUAAAGCUUAUGGUUUUGGAACUCGCCAAGGUCCAACAAUUGCUCCAACCCUGGACAAGGCUCAGGCUGCUAAAAUUCAAGAACAAGAAAGUAUUCUGAGAGCUGCUGUAAAUUAUGGUGAAGGACUAAGAAUAUCUGGAGACCAGAGGCAGAUGACACCAGCACUUCCCAUGCAUCUCACAGAUGUGCUUCAUGUAGGCGAUGGAAUGCAAAGUUUGGCUGACUCAUCUGGAAUAUACCAAAAGAACACUCCUGUGUCAUCGAACAACAUGAGUGGUGCAGGAACUUUGUUGCAGGGCACCGGGACACAACUUCUUGGAAGAUCUGCUGCUUCUCCAGGUGCCAAUUCUUUUGAUAACACCUCUGCAUCUCCGAUGCCAUACGCCAAUUCCCCUAGGUCUGGUACAAAUAUGAAUACGCCAUCUCCUCAACAACAAUCGCAACAACAGCAACCACAGCAGCAGCAACAACAGCAAAGGCAGAAGAUGAUGCAAUUACCUCAGCAUCAGCAAAUUCUUCUUGCUCAACAACAAUUCCGCCCUACCAUGUCAGGUCUGGGUCAGGGUCAACCUCAGAUGCAGUAUUCUCAGACACUGGGGCACCAACAAUUUCAAGGUAGGCAGUUGCCUUCUGGCCCUUUGCAGCAUAGCAUUGGUCAAAGCCAACUCAAUCAAGGAAACAUGAUGAAUCGUCAUCUAAGCCAAUUUUCUGGCACUGCCAAUAGUGCAUUGUUCAAUGCUGCUCAGACAGCACCAAAUAGCCAGAUGAUACCAAAUAUUUCGGCUACAAUGCAGUCGCAGUCUCUUCUUCCAAGGGUGCCGUUUGGCUUAUCUGGAACCAAUUCCCAGAGGAGUCAUGCUUCCCAGAUGUUGAAUGAUCAAAUUUAUAAUAUGGGAGCAGCCAAUGCUACCAAUAUGAUUCCUAUACAGCAGCAGCAGCAGCAGCAGCAGCCUGGUUCACAGGGUGCAUUUGGUAACAUGGCACCAAAUGCUCAGGGUCUGCAGUCUGGUAUGGGGACCCUACCAAACACAUCUCAGAAUCACCCCAAUUUCUCACAACAGAGGCAGCCAAAUCAGCAGUGAGAUGCUGGUUGCAUGGUGGUAUUUAGUUGCUUGAGCAUCUUGGUACUCUUGGAUUGAUGCAUAGGUUGUCACUGUGGUACUUGUGAGGAUGGAACUUCUUGGCGUAGUUCUGCAUAAAGAAACUAGUUUUGGGGAGUAUAUAUGGUGAGGGAAAAGCUAGAUUAGUAAGACGAACGUUAAUGAUCUUAGCUGUUGGCAGUAAAGGUAAAAAUUAAAUAAAAAGAAGUCUUUGCUUC